UAAUCUUCCUGUCAGCUUCAUCUUCAAUAUAAUCCUCUUUUGUCUCGUUUGUCUAUAUCCUCUCUAAAUUUGACACGCAUCUAUUCUUCACCUUCUCUUUUAUACAUAUACACAAACUCUCUCUCUAUCUCUUUAAUUUCUCUUUAUUUUAUUUUGGCCUUAUUCCAAACACGCACCUACACCACAAUAAGAACAACAACAGUAAUAAUACUAAAAAAAUCAUGGCUACCGACCUGUGCUAUACACUCGUUCAUCCUGAUGACGCGACUGAUCAACCUACUCUUCAAGACUUCCAACAUGCCUUUGAAAAGGGUUCCGAUGAAGCUCGUAUUGAGACAAUGAAGAAGUUGUUGGUCAUCAUGGUCAAUGGUGAUCCCAUGGAGAAACUCCUCUUACACGUCAUUCGUUUUGUAUUGCCAUCCAAAAACAAGCAACUCAAAAAGCUCUUGCAUUUCUACUGGGAAAUCUGUCCCAAGAGAAAGCCAGAUGGCAAGCUGAAGGAAGAGUUCAUCUUGGUGUGCAAUGCUCUUCGCAAUGAUUUGCAACAUCCCAACGAGUACAUUAGAGGCGCAACUCUUCGAUUCUUGUGCAAGAUUAAAGAAGCUGACGUGUUGGAGCCCUUGGUGCCUUCUGUUAGAGCAUGUCUGGAACAUCGCCACUCAUAUGUGCGCAAAAAUGCCGUGUUUGUUAUCGGUUCUAUCUAUAAACACUUUGAGAUGCUCUUCCCAGAUGCACCAGAGGUCAUUCAGAACUUCUUGAUCUCGGAAGCAGAUAUGACCUGUAGAAGAAACGCCUUUGUUGUUCUGUGCAAUAUCGAUCAGCCUUUGGCCGUAGAUUACUUGACCCAAGUUUUCAGCUUGGUUUCUACCUAUGAUGAGCUACUCCAACUGGCUGUUAUCGAGUUGAUCCGUAAAGAUAGCAAAACUAAUGCAGCGAACAAGGGUGCUUAUAUUAGAUGCGUAUCAGAACUUUUGUCAGCCACAUCCCACUCUGUUAAAUACGAAGCCGCAAAUAUUCUUAUAUUUUUGACAUCUAACCCUGCUGCCAUUAAAGCUGCUGCUUCUUGUUACAUUGACCUUGUUGUCAAGGAGUCUGAUAACAACGUCAAGCUGAUUGUGUUGGAUAGAUUAGAAGAUAUUCGCUCAAAGAAUGAGCGUAUUUUGGAUGAUUUGGUUAUGGAUGUCCUGCGUGUUCUGUCAAGCCCUGACAUUGAUGUCAGACGCAAGGCAUUGCGUAUUGCCAUGGAUAUGGUCUCUUCUAGAAAUGUACAGGAAGUCAUACUCUUCUUAAAAAAGGAGCUCACAAAGACCCACGAUCAAGAGUAUGAAAAGAACACCGAAUACCGUCAACUAUUGAUCCAAUCUAUUCACACAUGUGCCAUCCGCUUCUCUGAAGUGGCUGCCAACGUAGUCCACGUACUGAUGGAGUUCCUCGGCGACUCAAACAAUCCUUCUGCUGUUGAUGUCGUUUCAUUUGUUCGUGAAGUAGUUGAGAAGUUCCCCGAGUUGCGUGCAUCUAUUCUCGAAAGACUUCUCGAGACAUUUACGGACAUGAAGUCUGGAAAGGUGUUCCGUGGUGCUCUUUGGAUUAUCGGUGAAUACUCCAACUCUGCAAAGGAGAUUGAUGAGGCAUGGAAGCAGAUCCGUUGUGCUCUUGGUGAGAUUCCCUUGUUGGCCUCUGAGCAAAAAUUGCUGGAUGCUGCCGAGGCAGAUGAUGAGGAGUCCACCACAGAUGAAGCCAAAUCUGCCGUUCCUUCCGGAACUGCUGCUCCUAGACGCGUUCUUGCGGACGGAACCUAUGCCACCGAGAGUGCCUAUACUUCUACCUCCAGCAAUGCUGCUAGAUUAGAAGCAGUUAAGCAGGCUUCCAAGCCUCCUCUGAGAGCUCUUAUUCUCAAUGGUGAUUACUUCUUGGGUACCGUAUUGGCCACUACAUUGACCAAACUGGCACUUCGCUACGGAAAGGUUGUCUCUGACUCCUCUCUUGCCAAUGCCCGCAAAGCAGAAGCCAUGUUGAUUAUGACUAGUAUUAUUCGUAUUGGUCAGUCGCAAUUUGUUGCUUUCCAGAUUGAUGAGGAUUCGUACGAUCGUAUCAUGCAGGACUUGCGCGUCGUCGGAAGUUAUUCCCAAGACAAGGUUGUAGACCAUGUUUACCUUGAGGAAACGCAUGCUGUUUAUGCCAAGCAGAUCCAGGCAGAAGAGAAACGUUUAUUAGAUUCAAAGGCAAAAGACAAAACUAGUGUCAAAGUUCAGGUUGAUGAUGCUAUUGUCUUUAGACAAUUCUCAAAGAAGUCUGGUGAUGAUACCGUUGACGAGUAUGAGCAAGACCUGUCUCGCGCUACUGGGUCUCUUGAUUCCAAGGACGAUCUUAUGUCCAAGUUGAACCGUAUUGUGCAGCUCACUGGUUUCUCCGAUCCUGUGUACGCCGAAGCAGUAGUUAAUGUUCACCAAUAUGACAUUCUUAUGGAUGUCUUGAUUGUCAAUCAAACUUCGGAAACUCUCCAGAACUUAACUGUAGAAUUUGCCACCCUUGGUGAUCUUAAGCUUGUAGACCGCCCUGUUACCCACAAUUUGGCACCCCACUCCUUCCUUUCAAUCAAGGCACCUAUCAAGGUCUCUUCGACUGAGACUGGUGUUAUCUUUGGCAACAUUGUCUAUGAUUCCCAUGGUACAUCAGAGGGUAACUGUGUUGUGCUCAAUGAUAUCCAUAUUGAUAUCAUGGACUACAUUAAACCCGCCACCUGCACCGAGACUCAGUUCCGUAGUAUGUGGACAGAAUUUGAAUGGGAAAACAAGGUCAAUGUCAACACAAAUAUUUCUGACUUGAGAACCUACCUUGACCAUAUCAUGGCCUCUACCAACAUGAGUUGCCUGACACCCGAAAAGCAACUCGAGGGUGACUGUGGCUUCCUGUCAGCCAAUAUGUAUGCCAAGAGCGUGUUCGGCGAGGAUGCAUUGGCAAAUCUGAGCAUUGAGAAAGCAGGCGAAGGUCCUAUUACUGGACACAUCCGUAUUCGUAGCAAGACCCAAGGCAUUGCAUUGAGUUUGGGUGACAAAAUUACUUUGGCACAAAAGGUUGCUUUGUGAACACAAUAAAAACAUAAGACGAAAAGAAAAAAAAAGAAGGGAUAUUAUACACGUCCUUUGUACCAAACACAAUUUACUCUCUUUUAGUUGACAGUUAACACAAAAAGUCUUCCUUGCUUUUAUUUUAUUUUUUAUACUUUAUAUAUUCAAUACAUUAAAUACUCAAUGUCUUGUG